CCCCACCAACCUCGACCCCACCAACACUCCCCAGCACUAUGACAACAAGAUAGCUUCAAGAAACCCCUAGCUAUAUCCGCCGGAGCCCAUCCAGUUCCCAAAAAUGGAUGCCGCAGAGGACGACAGAGAUAUUAAGCUCCAAAAGCUAAGCUCCACCUUCAUCGCCGACUUCGAACUCUUUCUUCACCCCUUUCUCUACCGCACCACGGCAGAUGGCACCCCAAAGGUCCGCCGCAACGUGCGCGCGCGCGAAGCUGACCGCCUCGCCGGCCUGCUUGAGCCCUUCCAAGAGCUCCCCCAGCUGCUUGACCUGCACCUGGGCCGCUUCCUGCCCGUGCUAGCGGACGCACUACUGGUAUACUUGCGCGCACCGCUGCGGAAGAAGGGCGCGAAGCGUCCACAGCUCGUGACGUUUCUCAGGCGAUUUGCAGGCUGCUGUAUACGUUUUGUAAGAUCCGGGGAGAGAAGGUCGUGGUAA